GGAAAAGUGUGAAUGUAAAGGCUGGGGCCGCAGCUGCCACUGCUCUUCUGACAUUCAAAAUUCUGCUCUUUCAUGCUCCUGCCAGUCUUGAUUUACACGGAAGAAGCAGCAGCAGAGAGAACAAACACAGAGACUACCAUAGACGAGUUUCUUCCAAGCGGGUAAGCAGAAUUAUUUGUACUCGCGCAGAAUCAUUUCUAUUCGCGUGAUAUAGCACAACAGCAAUACGAACAAAUCAUGGCGAAGGAGGAAAAACCAAAACGCGUCGGUAUCGACUGGCCGGAAGAAUGCGAGGGAAAAACCACCGGCCCCGCGAAGCUUGUCUGGGCAGCGUGUGCGGAGGUCGGCGGGAGCCCGGAGCUGGCAAAGAGGAUCAUGAAGGAGAAAAAUUGGAGAUUUGGGUACCACAGUAAUUCAUCGCUUGUACUGAAAAUACUGUUCCUGCUGUUGUCGACAUUUUCUGCCACAAGUAAAGUUGCAUUGAUUCAUACAACACGAUCCUGCAGUUGCAUUUGCCCAGCGUUUGUUCGCGUUCAGUCGCAAACCGAAUUUUGCACUUAUAACUCUUGCGAAAAAAUGAAAUUCAAAUUCCCAACAGCUACCCUGCCCACAUCCAGGAAGUCGCGGAACUUCUUGCAAAACCAGACAAGGCGGUGCCAAUCGCGAAGCAGGGCUUGAAGAAUAUCGAAUUGCAAAUAUGUCUUGGUCUGGAUUUGUCAUGCAAGCUUGCAAGGGUAGUAAGAUUGGUCUAUGAAGCACCAAGCAAUGCAAGAAGUCGCUAGCUUUUUUUUCGUGCAGCUGGAAGCCACUUUCAUCUCACGCGCUUGACGAAUCUAACUUCUGAUGCUGUAAUUAUGCUGUCCAAGUGACGAUCCUGCGAGGACGACGCGAGUGUCAGCAAGAACACAACUUGAACUGUCAUCUCGACGCGGAUAUAAUCAUAUUUGCGAUGCAUAAACAAUCUCCGGGAGCUAUCCUGAGCAAAAACGUCCCCACCCCAGAGUCAAAAUGGGAGACCUGCUACACAAAUCAGCCACCUUGGGCUGUUGCGCAUGACAAGCUUUGCCUCGUAGUGUAAUGCUGUUUAGCUAGUCCAUAGGCAUUACAGAUCUAGCAUAUCGUGCUUAUUGGAGCAUGACAAGUUCCCAAACACGACUGGAAAAUGCUCCUCAUGGGGCUGCGCACGAGAAACAUUUUCGGCAUGCAGAUUUGCAUUACAACUAUGUGGUGGGGACGUUUUUACUCAGGAUAGGAGCAACUGAUUUUCCGCGAUAAAGAUCUGAACUGCAAAUCGCUGGAGGAAGUGGCCUAUGCAUUACAAAUAUGUCUGGGUCUGGAAGAGUGCAGGACUUGUCAUGCACAUUUUGCAUGACCCAUGCACAUGCUGUCUGUGAUGCAUGCCCUAGCAUUACAGAUUUUUUGACGGCUUUCGAUGCCUAUACUGCAUGAGAGAUGCCCUCUCCGCGUAGCAAGAAGUGGGUCUCUUUUGCUGAUCAUGCAAUACAGAUUCUGUGUAGAAUCCAGAGGCAGCGUCACAAGUUGCAACCAUCCAGACCCAGACAUUCUUGCACUUGAUAUGAUCCGCCAGCCGGUCCCGAAGAAGCAAGACUACUUCACGACCAAAAUCGCCCAAGCGCAGGAAAGGCAGACCGUGCCGGACCAGUUUCGCAUCCCGAUCCCCUACCAGGGCGCGAAUUUGGCCAACGAGGCCCUGAGCACCCAGCUGCACAGUUGGGCGAACUACGGCACCUGCGAGCCGGACUGCAUCCUGAAGAUCACCAAGGCGGAGCAGAAGCUCUGGGCCCUGCAGAACAAGUGGUUCGUGCUGCUGGGCGCGGGGAGCGAGUUGGGCCCGCUGGAACCGUUGCUAGAGGCCGGGGCGAACGUGAUCGCGAUUCGGACGCGCAGGGCGAAGGAGUGGGAAAAGAUGGAGGAAUUUGCGAAGAAGACGAAGCACGGCGGGAAACUCUUCAUCCCGGUCAACAAGGGGCUAAGCGCUUCCGGCGCCGACAUUCUCGCGGAGCCGCUGGAGAUCCGCAACUGGAUUCUGGAGAUUUUAACCGAAAACUCGGUGUCCGAAGUCACGAUUGUAUCCUCGAUGCAAAAGUGUAACAUUAUCGUACUAGUAGUACUUCUUCUGAUCAUGGCACUUUUUAUCCUGCAUGACAGACGUCAUUUCUAUACCUUAUUCAGGUAUUUCAAAAAUUUACCCAGAUGGAAUUUGUGAUGCGAAAAUUAUUGCACUACGUACUAUAGUGCUCCUUUUGCAAAAAUGCAUACAUUGGAAUGUACACGUAUCUAGACGCCGAGGCGCACGUGCGGGUGACGUUGGGCUGCGACUUGAUCAUGGAGGGAGUACAAACCGAGAUGCUCAAGAGGAACCAAGCCAAUGUGGUCCGAUUUGCUUACUUGUGCACCAAUAUCCCGAGCAAAAACGCCCCCACACCAGAGUCAAGAUGGGAAAUCUGCUAGACAAAUCAACCAGCUUUGGAUGUUCCGCAUGACAGAUUUGGUCUCGUAGUCUAAUCAUGUUUAGCUAGUUCAGCAGCAUCGCAAAUCUGGCACAUCGUGCUGAUUCUAGCAUAACAAAUUCCAAAACACGACUACAGAAUGGCUCUCAUGGGGCCCCGCAUGAGAAACCUUUUUGGCAUGCAGAUUUGCAUGACGACUCUGGGGUGCGGACGUUUUUACCCAGAAUAACCAACUCCAUGCCGUUGCCCAUCGGCAAGGAGGCGUUCGAGUCCAUCGAGGUGAACCGGGGCGCGGCGCCGUUAGCGGUCCGGGCGAGCAGGUGUCCGGGGAAUAAUGUGUCGGAAAUCGUGGAGGAUGACAUGUUAUGAAUUGCAAAAGCAUCGUACUCGUAUAGAUGCAUCACAAAUUUCCUCAGCAUGAGAAAUAAAAUUUUUAAUGCAGAUUUGCCUUGGGAACAAGAUUUGUAAUGCAGCAAGAUUCGCAUUUAUACGAGUGCGAUACUUUUGCACAGGAUGCAUGUACUUGUACCACUGUAUUUUCGAGGCGCAGGGCCCAAAUUACAUUCUGGCGAAAUUCGCGCAGCUGUGGCGGGCGGUUGUCGGUAUUGAUACGUUUGAUAUUUUUCAUUUUCCUAAGCACUUUUGGUCCUGAAGAAUUUGAUUUCCAUCCACCGCCAGUCCUGCACGAAAGUGUAGUCGGGCUCGUACGACUUUUUGUUACCGCAAGUGAAGUGAGUAAAAAUCAAAACUCGAAAGCUAUUUAAUAGAUUUAAAUCACUGUAAAUCACCCUUCGUCCCAGCGACCCAAACCUCCCCGGUGUCCUUAAACGUGGCUCCGGCCUGCUACACGGUGUCUGUGACCUAUCAAACGUAAAAGUGUCUGGGUCUGGCUGAAUGCAACUUGUCAUGCUAAAUCUGAAGCAUCCAAAAAUCUGUGUUGCAUGAUUACCAAAAGUCGUCCAGUUUUGACCAAGUCGGGAGGGAGUUUCUCAUGCAGGAUAGGCAUGAGAGAGAUCGCGCAGAAUCUGUCAUGCUAGGUCCUGCAUUCCCGACCUCAUGGGUCAUGGAAAAGCUGCGUGACAAAUCGCGCACUCUUCCAGACCCAGACACUUUUGCAUUUGAUAUGACCCACGCACCCACGAUGAAGUACCUUCUGAACGCGAUGCACUUGCUGGCGCCGCAGGAAGCCUUCCAGCCGGAGACGGCCCGGAGUUUGAUGUUUCACCUGCUGGCUUUCGACGUGUGUUGCGCGGCGGAGGAUAAUAAAGUCGAGUUGGAACAGAUCAAGCAGAACCCCUACAAACUCGCCCAGUUUGGCAGCUUCCACGGCGGGAGUUUAAGGUGCGGGUUCAACAUCGAGAAAAGCAAAAUUUUGGGUGGAUUGCUCUACGCGUACGGAAGGUUUGUGGUCGGGUAGGAGAUGGUGGCCAGGAAAAAAACACGAAUAUGAUGAGCACUGAAUUGAUACAACCGCUCCGAUCAACAUGGAAUUUCCGAUCGACCGUGUCGCAACAUCAAGAAGAAGUACCUUAUUUCAUCCAGCGACAGCAAGAGCGACCUUUCUCUUUUUGCCGCAUGUAGAUGUCAUCUGCUCAUUUUUUUGCCACGAGAAUCAAUCUAUCAUGUCAGCCUGCGACAUAAAUAAACCUUUUUCUGCGAUACUCUCAGACUACAGAAUCAUGGGCCUACCAAACAGCACUCGAUUUUUGACUAUCAUGGAAGACGAGCAGACAUUGUGUUGCAUCACUUGAUUGAAUAUCUGUCGCCAGAGAU